UGUUCCAAUUUAAGCGAAUGCCUUUUGGAAUUGAAAAUGGGGUUGCUUGUUUUCAACGUACCAUAAACGAAUUUAUAGAAAAAGAAGGACUUUUAGAUACUUAUGCUUAUCUAGAUAAUGUGACAAUAUGUGGUAAAACCCAAGAGGAGCAUGAUCUUAAUCUGGAAAAAUUUCUCAAGUCAGCUAAAAAUAUAAAUCUUACUUAUAAUCAUGAUAAAUGUAGCUUUUCCCAAGAUAAAAUUUGCAUUCUUGGUUAUCUUAUAGAAGAAGGAAAACUCAAACCAGAUCCCAGUCGUCUUCAACCUAUGAAAGAAAUGCCUCCUCCUCAUGAUGCUAAAUCCAUGAAGCGUAUCAUCGGACUAUUCUCAUACUACUCUAAAUGGAUUCCAAACUUUUCCGAUAAGAUAGCUUCUCUUACCAAAAACACCAAGUACCCAUUAGAUCAUCAGUGUGUAAAUGAUUUCAAUCAACUUAAACAAGACAUUGCAAAUGCUGUGACAGAUUAUGUGUACGAAAAUGUUCCAUUUGAAGUAGAAACAUUGGCAUCUGACAUUGCUAUAGCUGCAGUUCUUAAUCAAAAUGGCCGCCCUGUAGCUUUCUUUUCAAGAUUACUUCAAAAAUCUGAACUCAAACAUCCCUCUAUUGAGAAAGAAGCUUGCGCAAUAAUAGAAGCAGUCAGGCAUUGGAAACACUACCUUACUGGACGCCAUUUUAAACUUAUUACUGAUCAGCAACCUGUAUCCUAUAUCUUCGAAAAGCAACAUAAAUCAAAGAUUAAAAAUGAUAAAAUUUAUCGAUGGAAAAUUGAACUAUCGUGCUAUAAUUAUGACAUUGUUUACAGGGAAAGGAAACUAAAUAUUCCAGCUGACACAUUUUCUAGAAUACAUUGCUCAGCAAUAAACACUAACAACUUAAUUCAGCUUCAUCAAUCACUCUGUCAUCCUGGAGUAACUAGGUUUUAUGCUUUUAUUAAAAACCGUAAUUUACCUUUCUCAAUUGAUGAUGUUAAACGAAUAACUAAUCAGUGCAAACUAUGUUGUGAAUGUAAGCCUAGAUACUACAAACCACUAAAAUCUAAUUUGAUAAAGGCGACACAACCACUGGAACGUUUGAACUUAGAUUUUAAAGGACCUCUUCCUUCGGAAACUAAUAACAAGUAUUUUUUAACCAUAAUUGAUGAGUAUUCUCGUUUUCCUUUUGCAAUCCUGUGCCCUGAUAUUUCAGCUCAGACUGUAAUUAAGUGUUUGUCACAAGUAUUCUCGAUUUUUGGUUUGCCAAGUUACAUCCAUUCCAAUAGAGGUUCAGCCUUCAUCAGUAAAGAAUUAAAACAAUACUUACUAGAGAAAGGUAUUGCGACAAGUCAUACUACAGCAUAUAAUCCACAAGGGAAUGGACAAGCCGAAAAGUAUAAUGGAACUAUAAUGAAGUCUAUUGAGAUUGCUACUAGACAACACAAUUUACCCAUCAAAGCUUGGGAAAAAGUAUUGCCAGACGUUCUCCAUUCUAUAAGAUCCUUAGUAAAUACUAAAACAAUGGAGACACCUCAUGAAAGAAUGUUUAAGCACCUUCGUAAAACAGCCUCUGGAUGCACUUUACCUUCAUGGUUAAGUCAUCCUGGACCAAUACUAAUGAAAAGACAUUUACGUAAUAAUAAGUAUGAACCACUUGUAGACGAAGUGCAACUCAUAGAUGCUAAUCCUCAAAAUGCUCACAUAAAGUAUCCAGAUGGAAGAGAAACCACAGUUUCCCUAAGACACUUAGCUCCAACAAGUUCUGCUAUGAUCAUUGAUCAAACAAACCAUAUUAAACCUUCACCAGAGAUUGCCUUUAAUAAUAUUAAACCUUCACCAAAUGCUUUUAAUAAACCUUCUUACCCCUAUAAACCAUUAACACCUGAGAAAUAUGGACUUACCAAUACCAAUCCUGAAAACUUUCCUAACCAGCCUCCCCUUUAUCAACCUCCGCCAGCUGAAAAUCUUGUCAAUGAUGCUUGUCCGAUCAAUCCAUUGUUAUUAAUAACACCUGGAAAACACACACGUAGAUCCUCAAGAGCAAUUCGUCGACCAUUACGACUUAUAGAAGAAGAUACAUGAAAAACCUUGUUUGAAACAGAGGCAGUUGUUCCAUCUUGUUUAAAAAAAGAUGGAUGGUUGUUUUGGCCAACGUGUGUCAAUGCAAUGAAAGCUACCUAUAAUAACUUUCUAAUCGUUGAUUUCUGCAACAAGCUUAGACUUAAUAGAGUUAAAGUAACUGGAGGUCGAUAAAUUUUACAAUAAAGAAGUAUGUGCAGGAUUUAAUUUCACGACUAAAGAGGUUUCCAAAGAAGAUUUUGAUUACCAGUAUAAAGUUAAUUAGUAAAGUUUUGGUGGAUCAAAGUUCAAGGAAUGAUUUGGUUUUAACUGGUUUGCAUCUUAUGAAUGAAGUAGAUAAUAUGAUUUAAGUUGAUGAUUUAUAGUUACACCUAUUGAAAAAUCACUUAUAAAAUGACUUGUGUUUUGUGCAACAAAAGUGUUGGAGAACUUUAUCAAGAAAGUUUAGUUGGAGAAAACCGAAUUGUUUGCCAUCAAUGUUUAAGUAGUUCUAGUGAUAUUCAUGAUCAUGAAGAGUUUAUUAUAUCAGCAUUUAGUAUGUUUACUAAACCUAAUUUAAAUGAAAUUGCAUCAUCACAGUUGCUCAAGUUAAUUUAUUCAGGCAAAUUAUAUAGUUACAGACAUAACUUAUUUAAAAGUGGUGGAAACGAUAAAA